CUCUUGGCUGGGUGAGCUUUUCCGGGGGGCCCUGCUCAGGAACUGCUCCGGCAGCCGCGGGAAGGAGCGGGUCCUCCACCGAGCUCACGCCUCGGGGGGCUCCAGAGGGUCCCCGGCCCCACAGGGUGCCCUGACCCCAUAAAAACCAAGCAGAGGGAUUUUUCCCAGCAGCUCCUGCUCCAGCGCGGCCUUCCCCUGCCGCCGAAACGCCGCUCCUCCAGCUCGGCAGCCGGCAAAGGGAGGUGGGGACCCUGCGAGGAGCAGCACUGAGAGCAGCGGGGUCACUUUUAAGCCCCCCUGGCUGAAGCGGGGGCCGGGGGCACAGGCCUAAAGGCAGCGGCAGCCAGACAGUCACAGGGAUCCUACAAAGCAGCUGAGCCCUCCGAUCCCAUACUGCCAGCAUCCCCCAGCUCCUCCUCCUCCUCCUCCUCCUCCCCCGGCUGCCCGGAGAAACGAAAGUGGGAGCCCUCGGCCAGGCCCCCCCCCCGCCACCCUCAUGCCCGGCAGCCCCGAAGCCCCCCGGCCCUCCGGGACCCCCGACGCCGGCCCCGCUGCCCCCACAGAGCCGCCUGCCCCCAUGGAGCCGGCACCCCCCCAGCCGCCGGAGGAGGAGGAUUUCCAGUUCGUCCUCUGCGAGGGCUGCCGGCAGGAAUCGCCCAGCCUCAAGCUCCUCACCUGCCUGCACACCCUGUGCCUGGGCUGCCUGAGCGAGAACAAGCCCGUGGGGCAGUGCCCCGUGUGCCAGGCGGCCAUCCCGCAGGCCAACGGCAUCCCCGACGUGGACAACGUGCUCUUCGCCAGCCUGCAGGCCAGGCUCCGCGUCUACCGCAGGAUCGUCGGCGGGGUGCUGAGCUGCAGCCGCUGCCGGAGGGAGCCGGCGGCCGUCUGGUGCUCCGAGUGCGAGGAGUUCCUGUGCCCGGGCUGCUUUGAGGACCACCAGUGGUUCUUCAAGAAGAGGAGCCACGAGGCCAGGAAGGUGGAGGAGCUGCGGGCCGAGUCGGCGCAUCGCUUCCUGGAGGGCACCAAGAAGUCCUGCACCCUCUUCUGCUCCAGUCCCGGCCACACCGAGCAGGGCCACAUCACCAGCAUCUACUGCAAGAAAUGUGAGAAGCCGCUGUGCUGCUCAUGCGCCCUGCUGGACACCCAGCACUCGCCUUUCUACUGCGACAUCCGCGCCGAGAUCCAGCGGCGGCAGGAGGAGCUGGCGGCCGCCGGCCGGGAGCUGGCGCGCCGGCGGGGCGGCUUCGAGGCGUCGCGCGCGGCGCUGCAGGAGGAGGCCGCCCGGCUGGAGGCGGCGAGCGGCGAGACGCGGGAGCUGAUCCGGCAGCGCGUGGAGCAGCUGGUGCGGCUGGUGCGGCGCGAGGAGGACGAGCUGCUGGGGCUGGUGGAGCGGCGGCAGGAGCAGGGCCGGCGGGAGCUGGCGGGGGAGCUGCGGCGCGUGGAGGGCGUGCUGCGGCGGAUGGAGGCGGGCGAGCGGCUGGUGGAGAAGAUGAGGCUGUACGCCACGGAGCAGGAGGUGAUGGACAUGCAGCCCUUCGUCAAGGAGGCGCUGCGGGAGCUGCAGCGGCUGCGGCCGGCGGCGGCCGGGGGCCAAGCGCAGCACGUGGACUUCGCCGAGUGCCGCGCCAGGCUGCAGGCGCUGGCCGAGUGCGUCGAGGGGCGCGCAGGUACCUCUUCCCAGGCUGUCCCCGUGGUCGAGGUGGCCCUGGAGAAUGACCAGCAAGAGGAGCCCACCCAGCGUGGGAGCCCAGGCAUCGUGCCCACCUUCACCAUCAGCCUCGGGGACAUGCGGGUGAGCACGCUCCCCCCUGCCACCGUGCGGUCCAAGCGGUGGUGGCCCCAGGUGGAAAGGGGCAGCCAGGUGUCACCCAAGGUGCUGAAGCUAGAGCACAACACCACGGCGGCCUCCAGUGAGCCCAGUUCAACCCAGAAGGACGGCAGAGGGGAGCCCAGCACCUCCACAACCAGCCACAACCGCAGCAGCGUCCCCAAGGCUGGCAGGAGCCGCACUGAUGAUGCAGAAGACACCAGCAUCAUCAUCUGCAGCUCGGAGGACAGUGAGGAGGACACGGUGGUGAGUGUGACACCAGACCUGCCUCCCUGCUGAGCCGCCACGCCGCACGCGGAAGAGGCAGUGGGCAGCCGCUGCCACCGUCCCCGCGUCCUGCCCACGCUAAGGACCGGGCUGCCUCUCCUCGCCCCCUCUGAAGCAGCCAGGGUCACCUCCCCGCUCUGGGAGGCAGCAAAGCCCGCUUGGAUUUUGCUCGGAGGUGGGGUCCCACGUGGCAGCAUCCCCAAAUUGACCUCAAGGGGCAUCCCGACGGCCUCUUCCUUCCCGAAGAGUCCCAGCUCUGGGCAGAGGGACAGCUGUCUGGCUCGGACUCUUCCCCAGGAAAGAAUUAAAGGAUUAAAGGAUUUAGGAGCCUGAAACCAUCCUUGAUAUCACCCCCAGCAGUUCUUCGCCAGGGGUCACUGAGUCCCCAAGAGGGGGCAGAUAUGGGGAUGGAGGAUGGGGAUGGAGGAUGGGGAUGGAGGUUACCAAUUCCUUUUUUAUUUUUUCCCCUAAGCUUCAGAUAACACAACCCUCACCCCUCUGCAGGGAGAGCUGCUCAAAGCCCCACUCCUGUAGUGCUGCUUUCCCUAGGAGAUUUGUGCCAUAGCCCCUUCGCCACCCCGCGCCAAGGGGAUUAGCGCAGGCUUCCCUGGGAAGGUUAUCCACAGCUCAAUACCCAUUUUUAUACGAAAAUCAUGUUUUUAAGUUGAAUGUAGCACCUGUGCUCAUCCCCCCCCACCCCCCAUGCAGGGGUCGUUAGAUGGGAUGGGCCAUGGGAUCCCUGCCAGGAUCUCCACACCACCAGCAUUUGCAGGGGGUCCCUUUGGAAAUGGAUUUGGGGCCAGGGGUGGGUUUGCAGAGCUGGCUGAAUGAGGGGUUACCAGCCUUCUUUUUUUUCUUUUGUAUAAGUUAAUCAUGCAGAAACUCUUAUUAUUCUUCAAUAAAG